AUGGCUGAAAGCGCCCUCAAAUCAGGUCGUUCCACUCCAAAUAAGGCUUCUCAUCUGGUUGCAUUGGUCCAUGGGCUUUGGGGCAACGCGAGUCACCUCAACUACCUUGUCCAAGCGCUCCGCGAACGCUACAGCGAAGAAGAACUCAUUAUCCACGCCUGUCGCAAUAACGGCUCGUCCUUGACCUACGAUGGCAUCGAGGUUGGCGGCGAGCGCAUCGCCAAAGAGAUUGAAGACAUUCUCGAAGAGCUAGGGCGCGAUGGUUACAAGAUCACAAAGUUCUCGAUCGUCGGGUAUUCCCUGGGCGGGCUGGUUGCUCGUUAUGCCAUCGGCUUGCUCGACUCUAAGGGUCAUUUCGACAAGAUGACCCCAGUCAACUUCACCACCUUCGCUACGCCGCAUUUGGGCGUGAGGACACCGUUGACCGGCUACCAGAAUCACUUGUGGAACGUGUUGGGAGCCCGGACGCUCUCUGCAUCUGGACGGCAGCUCUUCAUGAUUGACAAGUUCAGAAACACCAACCGGCCAAUCUUGAGCAUACUCGCUGACCCCGAAAGCAUCUUCAUACAUGCUCUUGCUCGGUUUCAGCACCGCUCGCUUUAUGCCAAUAUCGUCAACGAUCGGUCCGCUGUGUUUUAUACCACGGGCAUAUCUCGGACAGAUCCCUUCACCGAUCUUAGCAAGAUCAAGAUUCAUUAUCUCCAGGGUUACGAGCCCGUGAUAUUGGACCCUGACCACCCUUGUGACCUGAUACCCCACCACGAGCUACCAUCGGUCUACCAACGGUUUCGUCACAAUAGUCAAACCUUCUUGCGCCGGACACCAAUUAUUCUUGCGCUAGUGGUUCUGAUUCCUAUUGCGACACUGGCAUUCUUGGCCAACUCAUGCAUACAGACCUUCCGGAGUCGGCGGCGCAUCCAACUUCAUGAGACGGACAAACAGGGAGCAGGCUUCGGUAUGUACCGAAUUCCCUUUAUGGUUCGAGAGAUGCGGGUUGGGCUGGAGGACGCAUUCGAGAAUGUGAAUUCGGCGCAGGAACAGGAAUAUCUGCCACAGGGAUCUGAAGAGAUUGCCAGUGGGAUAGACUCGUCCUCAGUGUCGAAGCUUUCGAAUGCGUCCACAGAGUCACUGUUAACUGAAAAGGCGGAUACAAAUGCAUCAAAGAAAGAGGCAACAACGUUGGAGAGGUCCCCGGAUUUUCCCACAUUGGCUUUGACGCCCAUGCAGUUUGCGAUGAUCAAGGCACUUGACGAUGUGGGCAUUCGCAAAUACCCAGUGCAUAUUCACAAGAGCAGUCACAGCCACGCUGCAAUUAUUGUGCGUUCCCCUCGCCCUGCCUUCGAGGAGGGCAAGGUCGUUGUUCGACAUUGGCUUGAAAACGAAUUCCACAUCUGA